CUUUAACCAAAACAAGAGAUUAAACACAGAACAAAUAUGAAAAUCCAGUAGUCUUCUAAUGAGACAAAGAGACUUGCAAAAACGUAAAAUGUAAAAAGAUCCACUCUUUUCAUUACCUUGUCUAUUUUUGGAAAUAGCUAUUUUUCAUAAAAACAUUUCUGUUAACUUGCAAGGGCUUAAGAAUGUUAUUCUAAAGAAAUUAAUAAAAAUAUUAAAUUUUUAUUCCUAGUAUGGUAAAUACAGAUAGAUAUAACCAAGAUAAACAAAAUUACCCUUGGGGCCCUCGCUAAUUUGUAAGACUGUGUGGAUAUCCUGAAACCCAAGUGUUUGAGAAUCGCUCACUCCAACAGGCCCUGGGCCAGGACUCAGGGAGACUGCGUGACAAAGAGCUCUCGGUGCAGGAGGAGAGGGGUCAGGGCAGAGUCCCAGGUCCCCGGACGUGGAUCUCAGGGUCUGAGGUCCGAGGGCGGAGUCUGGGGCCGGGAAGCUCAGUGUUGGGGAGUCCCCGUCGCCCCGAGUUUCACUUCUCCCUCUCACAACCUGUGUCAGCUCCUCCUGCCUGGUGACUCAUGACGCGGCCCCAGUUCUCACUCCCAAUGCGUGUCCGGUUUCUACAGCAGUCAGUCAGCGUCUUCGCGGUUCCCGGUUAUAAAGUCGCCACCACCUUGCGGAACUCAGAUUCUCCCCAGAUCGCAAAGAUGUGGGUCAUGGAGCCUCGCACCUUCCUCCUGCUGCUCUCGGGGGCCCUGACUCUGACCGAGACCUGGGCGGGCUCCCACUCCCUGAGGUAUUUCUACACCGCCGUGUCCCGGCCCGGCCGCGGGAAGCCCCGCUUCAUCGCCGUCGGCUACGUGGACGACACGCAGUUCGUGCGGUUCGACAGCGACGCCGCGAGUCAGAGGAUGGAGCCGCGGGCGCCGUGGGUGGAGCAGGAGGGGUCGGAGUAUUGGGAGCAGCAGACGCGGGACGCCAAGGGCCACGCACGGAAUUUCCGAGUGAACCUGAACAACCUGCGCGGCUACUACAACCAGAGCGAGGCCGGGUCUCACACCCUCCAGUGGACACAUGGUUGCUACAUGGGGCCGGACCGGCGCCUCCUCCGCGGGUACAGUCAGUACGCCUACGACGGCGCCGAUUACAUCGCCCUGAACGAGGACCUGCGCUCCUGGACCGCGGCGGACACGGCGGCUCAGAUCACCCGGCGCAAGUGGGAGGUGGCCGGUGAGGCGGAGCAUGACAGGAACUACCUGGAGGGCACGUGCGUGGAGUGGCUCCUCAGACACCUGGAGAACGGGAAGGAGAUGCUGCAGCGCGCGGACGCCCCAAAGACACAUGUGACCCACCACCCCAUAUCUGUCCGUGAAGUCACCCUGAGGUGCUGGGCCCUGGGCUUCUACCCUGCGGAGAUCACCCUGUCCUGGCAGCGUUACGGGGAGGACCUGACCCAGGACACAGAGUUUGUGGAGACCAGGCCUGCAGGGGACGGGACCUUCCAGAAGUGGGCAGCUAUGGUGGUGCCUUCUGGAGAGGAGCAGAGAUACAUGUGCCAUGUGCAGCUCGAGGGGCUGUCUGAGCCCGUCACCCAGAGAUGGGAGCUGCCUACUGAGUCCACCAUCGCCACCCUGGGCCUCAUUGUCGGCCUGGUUCUCCUUGGAACUGUGGCCACUGGCGCUCUGGUGGCUGGAGCUGUGAUGUGGAGGAAGAAGCGCUCAGGUAGGGAAUGGAGUGGGGGUUUGAGUUUUCUUGUCCCAUUUGGGGGUUUCAAGCCCAGGUAGAAGUUUGCCCUGCCUCAUUAAUGGGAAGUCCCAUCCACACACGUGUGCUCACUACUCUGGAGCUGAUUGUUAACACUCUUAUUAAAGCGCUUGUGAAAAUGAAAGAGAUUUCUUCACCUUGAUAAUUCUGGUGCUGGGAACCUGAUUCCCAGCAGUUGAAGGUCGGAGGGGAAGGUCACGGCUGAGAACAGAGCUCCAGGAGGGCAGUCGGUCCAGUCCCCACAUAUCUCCUUUCUUCUUGUUUCCCGAUCCUGUCCUGGGUCUUCAGUCACGGUUCUGGAAACUUCCCUGUGGUCCAGGACUAGGGGGUUCUUCUAGCAUCUCAUGGCCCAGCCUUCUCCCUGUUUUCUUCCCACAGGUGAAAAAAAGAGGGGGUUACUUGCAGGCUGCAAGUAAGUUUGAGUUGGGAGGUUGAUCCUUGAAACACUCCGGAUAGUGUAGACUGGAGCCUGUGGGGGAGCUCACUCACCCCGUAGUUCCUCCUUUAGUCUCAUCUCCUUUGGGCUCUGGCCAGGUCUUGCUUUUGCUCUACCCCAGGCAGUGACAGUGCCCAGGGCUCUGAUGUGUCUCUCGUGGAUCCUAAGGUGAGACUCCAGCGGGUGUGAAGUGGGAGUGGCAUUGGAGAGAGGGGACACGACUGGGUUAUGAGGAUUCUUUGAUUGGGACAUUUUGAACAUGCAGUGGGCUGUUGAGAAUCUCAACACUUAAUGUGACUGACGUGAAUUUAUUCAUGAUUAUUUUCUUUCAUGGUGUGAGACAGCUACCUUGUGGGGACCAACUGAUGCAAGAUUUGUUCACACUCCCACUUUGGGACUUCACAUCCCCUGACUUCGCUCUCAGUAACUGGCAUCUGAACCUGUCUGUGUUCCAUUUAGCAUAAUGAGAGGAGGUGGGGAGACUGGCCCACCCCAUCCCCCACGACCUCCUCCCCACAGUGACCUUCCUCUUUCCCUGAUGACUUUCUUGUUCCAGCAGAGGCGGGGCUGGACCAUCCCCAUCCCUGUCUUAACUUCCUGUUGCACUGAGUAGUAAUGAUUUGCUUCCUUACUGAAAAUAGGAAUCUUGAUAUGAAUUUGUUUUUUCUAAUUCUUGUCAUAAGGGAUUUAUGUUUAAUUAAAGGAGAAGAUUCCUAAAGAUGGAGAGAGGAAAUAAACGGACGCACGGAGAACAUUCCAGAAUUUGUUUGCUGUGCUUAAUCUGUUGCAGGUGUGGACAGGAGAAGGCUGUGAGGAGCCCAGCGUGGACAGGGCCUGUGCCUAGUCAGUGCUCAGUGCAUCACAGGCUUUGAUAUUGUCAUUCUUUGGCUGGGUCAUCUUUGCUGCUCCUUUGUUCUGGUCUGUUCAGUAGAACCUUGUCCCACCAAGACCUGUGAUCACAGGGAUGAGGAUAUCACCUGGACAUUGUCUUCAGGACCAUGGUCAGUGAGAGCUCUGUCUGGUUGGGUCAGCCUAGGCUCUGGCCAGGGUCCAGCCCUCAGCCCCUACAUUUUGUGUGUUUGUAUUUUGUUUCUUUGGGGAUUUUUUUUUAUUAUGUCUAGUUUUUCAUGUUUAGAGUUCUGAUCUCAUUUUUUUCUGGGUGUCCCCUGUGUCUGACAGCAGCAGGAGUUAUUUUGCCUGUCAUUGUCCCCACAAGGGCUAGGGUGGCCCCUGCACACAGGAGACUCUGUGGUAUCGAGAGAUGAAUUUUCAGACUCAUCCAGCUCUUGCCCUCCUUCUAGGGCUGUUUCCUGCAUUGUUCUUCCCAUCUAGGGAUCUGAUAGGUUCUCAUCUUAGAUACAUUCCUCUUGUAUAACUGUCUUCUCUGCAGCCUGCCCCCUCUCUCUACCCUUAGCUCUAGUCAUCCUGGUGCUGGCUCCAAUCCAAACUCAUGGAUUUAGGAAGUUGAGUCUACUUUAGAUUCACAAUUGGUUGGAAAAUAGGACUCAUAAACCUAGAAUUGUCUUUUCUGAGGAGAGAAAUAUAAUUGUGUG